GCAGGAUGGUGUCUGUCCCCUCGGCGAAACCACGCAGCAGCAUCAUGUCUCCGCCACAACGGCCGGCCCGCCGCCUCCUGCUGACGGCUCACACACACCGGAGAGCAGACAGUGCCGUGGCUUCCUGAUGCAUCUGUCCAGCCACCAUGCAGUGUUCUUGGAAGUCCAUGGUGCUGCUAGCAUUAGCCUCCAUCGCCAUCCAGUACACAGCCAUCCGCACGUUCUCCACCAAACCCUUAAGCCUGCUGAGCUCCGUGGGCCAGGCACCCACAGACCACGCUGCCAACUGCAGCCUGAAAGAUCUGACACGACCGGGCCAGGACACACCCGAGGUCUCGGACAGAAGCUGUGAUGAAACUCACCAACCACCUUAUAACACCAGCAAGAGAACCCACAUCCUCAUUCUGGCCACCACGCGGAGCGGAUCCUCAUUCGUCGGUCAGCUGUUCAACCAGCACCCUGAGGUCUUCUACCUGUUUGAGCCUCUGUACCACGUCCAGUUGGCUCUGCUCCCUCGCCUGGCGCAGAGCCGAAACCUGGCUGAGAGGAGGGUGAUGCUCGGAGCAGCCAGAGACCUGCUGAAGUCUUUGUACCAUUGUCAACUCAAAAGUCUGGAGAGUUACAUCCGACCCCGUCCUGCCAACCACUCCACUGACAAGCUGUUCAGACGAGGAGCCAGCCAGUCUCUGUGCUCCCCUCCUGUGUGUGAGGCGUCUCUGGGCCCAGAGGAGCAGAGCCUGGUGCUGACUGAUGAGGGAGAGUGUGUGAGGAGGUGUGGGCCGCUCAAUUUGUUGCUGGCUGCUGAUACCUGUAGAGCAAAACGCCACGCAGCCAUCAAGACGGUCCGGAUUCCCCAAAUCAGUGACCUCAGGGCGUUGAUUGAGGACCCAAGACUCAAUCUGAAGGUAGUCCAGCUCGUUCGAGAUCCACGCGGCAUCCUGGCAUCUCGUAUUGAGACAUUUCGAGAUACUUACCGUCUGUGGCGUCUGUGGAGAGCGACCGGACGUCGACCCCACAACCUGAACCUGGGACAGAUCAACACCGUGUGUGAGGACUUCCUCAGGUCCGUGUCCACAGGCCUGUCCAAACCCGCCUGGCUCAGAGGGAGAUACAUGCUGCUCAGGUAUGAGGACUUGGCCAGGUUUCCUCUCCAGAAGACCAGGGAGCUCUACAGCUUCCUGGGUCUGGCUCUGGACCACAGCGUAGAGGAAUGGAUCGUCAAUAACACGCGGGGUAACAGCGACCUAUCGUCCCGGCAGAAGUUCACCACAGUUCGGGACUCUGCGGCUAAUGCAGAGAACUGGAGGGUGAAGUUGUCCUUUGACAUGGUGGUUUACACUCAGACCGUCUGCCAGCCGCUUCUUAACCUCCUCGGAUACAAAACAGUGUUGCACCCCAGAGAACUGAGAAACUUCUCACACUCUUUGGUGGAGGACAGGACGUUCCUCCCAUUUCUUUAAUCAACUGAUGACUUAUAGACGUCCAAUAUGGGUUUCAGAAACCAGCAAGUAAGGACAGUGUUGUAGUUCACGGAGCAGAGAUUAUGUAGUCAAAGCAGAUCUAGUAUCUACUGUACCCACCAACCAACCUACCAAACACCAACCCCAAUCAGCUACCUCAGUUCUGACCCUGUCUCCCCUGAGGUACCUUUUGACGUAAUAAAGUCACAUUAUGGUAAUAGAUGCAGUUCACCUCGAUCAUUUAAGGCUUUAUCAUGUAAAUAAUAAAUUUAACAUCAAGUUUAUGCUACAGUUAGUAGAUUUACACCCUAGUUUGAUCCUUUAUCAUAGCAACAUGUUUGAUUAUACAGAGUAGGCCGGGCGGUAUGUAAUAAUUCAUAACUUUAUACCUUCCUGAAAUUUC